GUAAGGAGGCCAUAAAAAUGGAUACCAAAAGUGAAUGUUGCUGUUGCAAGAUCAAGAACAACCACACAAAACUCACUCCCUUCAAAUGCAAAUGUAUCAAGUUCAAACCUUCUUCUUCUUCCUCCUCCUCCGAUGCCGGGGCACUGCACACGAGUCGGGAUGAUGAAUCGGGGACAGAAAUGGGUCUCCGGCCACCACCUUCCCCGAUGAAAAGCCUCUCCUCCUCUGCGUCGGACGCGGGGCUGAGGAAGCGAGCUCUCCUAUGUGGGGUGAGUUACAAGAAUUGGAAGCAUAGGCUACAUGGGACAGUGAAUGAUGUGUUGAAUAUGCAAGAUUUGUUGAUCAACCAUUUCUCAUAUCUCAAACAAAACAUUCGUAUUCUUACAGAAAACGAAGCAAAUCCAGAGCGAAUUCCAACGAAGAAGAACAUUCAGAGCAGUCUAAAAUGGCUAGUGGAGGAUUGCUACGGAGGCGAAAGCCUGGUGUUCUAUUUCUCCGGCCACGGAUUGCGGCAGCCGGAUUUCGCAAUGGACGAACUCGACGGCUACGACGAGACCAUAUGCCCUGUCGAUUUCUUGGAGGAAGGAAUGAUUAGCGACAACGAAAUCAACGCCACCAUUGUUUCGCCUCUCAGAAGUGGCGUCAAUCUCCACGCCAUUGUAGACGCUUGCCACAGCGGAACCAUUCUGGAUCUCGCCUAUGUUUACGAUCGCACCAGGGAUGAGUGGAUCGAUAAUCGGCCGCCGUCGGGGGCGAGUAAGGCGACUAGCGGCGGAUUGGCGAUUUCUUUGAGUGCCUGUGGAGAUGAUCAGUUCGCUGCUGAUACUUCUAUAUUGACAGGAAAGUCAAUGAAUGGAGCAAUGACGUUCAUUUUGAUCAACAUGAUAAAGAGUUUUGGGAACGUUACAUACGGACAUCUCUUGGAUUGCAUGCAAGAUGCUGUUGAGAAGGCUAACAGACGAGGCUGUGUUGCCUUCACCUUCUUCCGAAGAUUGUUUAGAUAUAAGCAAAUUCAGGAACCUCUACUCUCGUCGUCAGAGAUGUUUGAUGUGCACAAGAAAAUAUUUACAUUGUAAUUAUAUUUUACAAACGAUACAUUUUAAAGCAAUAACUCCGAAUUGUUUAGAGAAAAA